AUGGUAUGGCUAUUGGGGGUACCAAACCAAGAACUCAGGACGAAGUAUCAGCAGCUCGAUGUUCUUGUCAACAAUGCGGCCAUCGCCUUCAAAGCAGCUGAUCCCACGCCUUUCAAGGAUCAAACAGUGCCAACGCUCGCCAUCAACUUGUUCGCGACGAUGCGGCUCACCGAUCGCUUGCUUCCUCUCCUCCGCGGAUCGGCUGCGGCCGGGCGAGAGCCCAGGGUGGUCAACGUGGCGUCCAUGGCUGGCAAGCUGAGGCAACUUAGCCGG